UGUGCCCAUCCAAUGAUAACGUCUCUGAUCCGCGGCCUCGUUAUUGGUCGGCGCUUCUGCACCGCCGUGCCAAGAAGAGCGGAGGACAUAAUGUCAAACCCAGAUUUGCGUCCUACGCAGCUAUGCUUGAGAGUCUCGUACUUGAUCAGAUUCGUUGGAGAUCUCGACACGGCGGCGAAGUACGCUCGUUUGGCUGCUUUCACCGAAAUCGAAUCGGAGUCGACAAUAAUAACAUGUCAACACAUCAUCGGAGCCAUGAUGCGGGAUAAAAGGUACAAGGAAGUUCACGAUCUCUACUAUUUCUUCUUCAGUCAGAAGCUAAAACCCAACAGCCAUUGCUGCAACUACGUCAUCGAAUCUAUUUUCCAGCAAGGUCAUGUUGACGCAGCUCUCCUUUUCCACAGAUGUAUUGCCAAUUCUGAAACGGUACACGACUACCCAAGCAACGAUACUUUCAGGGUGUUGACUAAAGGGUUAGUCCACUUCGGUCGAUUGGACAAAGCCCAAACCUUUCUUAGAGACAGGACAUCCGAUAAGAUCCGCGACUACCCAGAUCACGUGGCGUUCAACUAUCUCAUUCGCGGGUUUUUGGAUCUUGGGAAUUUAGACAUGGCGAAUCUAGUCUUGAACGAAUUCAAACAGUUGUGUUAUGAUGCCAUGUCCUAUACCAAAGAUAUUUAUCUCGAUUCAAUUUCAGACUUUGAUAACAGAGUGGCGUUUCUGAGGGCGACAUUCAUGGAGUACUGGUUUAAGCAAGGUAAAAAGGUGGAAGCUAUGGAUUGUUACAACCGCUCUGUUCUAUCAAGCAUGUUAGUGCCUUGUGCCGAAACAGGUAACGCCCUUUUGGUAGUCCUGCUUAAAUACGGUGAAAAAAAACUUGCUUGGGAAUUGUACAAUGAAAUGUUGAAGAAAAGUGAACCCGACUCUGAUACCAUUAAGAUAAUGGUCGACGAGUGUUUUGAUAUGGGUAGAUUUAAGGAGGCUGUUGACACCUACGUCGACGCUAGUGACGCAUAUAUAUAUAUAAAGUGUUGCCAAGGAGCAGACUCUUUCUCCUUUCCUGUAUUUAGUGGCGGAUACGUUAUUGCAAGGUGUUGUGAAAGCGGGAUCGCCGAGAUGUGGGAUACAGCAGAGUGUCUCUUUGUUGAAAAUAUCGUUAGAGAUGAUUUCGGAUACGUUGAGGUUAGCCACCUUAAAACAUUGAUCGAUACUUACGUGAAGGCUGGGAGAAUCGACGAUGCCCUAAAUGUUUCCAAUACGUUGUUCGAUUUAGUUGUAAAGGAGGUCUUCAAUCUCUUCUGAGCAUUGUUCGUCGCUUUUUUUUUUUAUUUACUUGUUUUAGUUAAGACUUUAUAAUACAGUUUUUUAUUUUACUAAAAUUUUUAUUAAAAAAAUUACUCCAUUAUGUAAAAAGCUUAACACUUGAGUUUACAGAUUUUAUUUAUAGGUUUGAGUUUACAAGUCAGACCCAUUAUUAGAGUUUCAAUGGUAU